AACAGUUGAACGUACUUUCAGAAGAAGAGGCUGUUGUGCGUUACACCAUUUUCAGAAAAACAUCCGCCAUCAGCUUGACUGCACCAUGGGAGCCGUUCUGGGACUCUGUUCCAUGGCUAGCUGGAUCCCCUGUCUUUGUGGCAGCGCCCCCUGUCUGUUGUGUCAAUGCUGUCCAGGUGGAAAUAACUCGACCAUGACUCGCCUCAUCUACGCCUGCUUCCUGCUCCUGGGAGUGGCUGUUGCCUGCAUCAUGUUGAUGCCUGGCAUGGAGGGCCAGCUCAAAAAGAUUCCAGGAUUCUGUGAAGGAGGGAUGGGUUCAUCUUUUUCUGUUACAGAGGGCAAAGUGAACUGUGACAUUCUGGUUGGCUACAAGGCUGUGUAUCGGGUUUGCUUUGGAAUGGCCAUGUUCUUCUUACUAUUCUCCUUACUUAUGAUCAAAGUAAAGAGCAGCCAAGACCCUCGAGCAGCACUUCAUAACGGAUUUUGGUUCUUCAAGUUUGUCGCAGCCCUUGGCAUCACUGUUGGUUCGUUUUUUAUCUCAGAGGGCCCUUUCACUACUGUGUGGUUCUACAUCGGGAUGGCAGGAGCUUUUUGUUUCAUCCUCAUCCAGCUGGUUUUACUCAUUGACUUUGCUCAUUCCUGGAACGAGUCUUGGGUGGAGAAGAUGGAAGAGGGCAAUUCUCGCUGUUGGUAUGCAGCUCUACUUUCAGUCACUGCCCUGAACUACCUUCUGUCCCUGGUCUCUUUGGUUCUUUUCUAUGUCUACUACACCCAUUCUGAUGGCUGCACUGAAAAUAAGGUCUUCAUUAGCAUCAACUUGCUGCUGUGCGUCACAGCCUCUGUCAUGUCUGUUCUACCACAAAUUCAGGAGUCCCAGCCCAGGUCUGGCCUGCUGCAGUCCUCCCUGGUUACACUGUAUACCAUGUAUCUGACCUGGUCUGCAAUGACUAAUGAGCCUGACAGAGAUUGUAACCCCAGCCUUCUGGGCAUCAUUGGGCUUAAUAGCACCAGCCCUAAAGGUCAGGACCAUGUGGUUACAUGGUGGGAUGCUCAAGGGAUUGUGGGAUUGAUUCUUUUCCUCAUGUGUGUCCUGUACUCCAGUAUUCGCAAUUCUUCAAAUGCCCAGGUGAACAAGUUGACUCUGACCACUGAUGAGUCUGCUUUGAUCGAGGACGGACCCCAGACAGACGGCUUUGAGGAAGGCAGCGGCCUGAACAGAGCUGUGGACAAUGAGAAAGAUGGGGUCACCUAUUCUUACUCCUUUUUCCACUUCAUGCUGUUCCUAGCGUCACUCUACAUCAUGAUGACGCUCACCAACUGGUACAGCCCUGACUCCAAUUAUGAGACCAUGACCAGCAGGUGGCCGUCUGUGUGGGUGAAGAUCUCCUCCAGCUGGAUCUGCAUUGGCCUUUAUGUGUGGACUCUGGUGGCUCCCCUGGUCUUGGUCAACAGAGACUUUGACUAAAAAUCACACUUUCCUGCAACUCAAAUGUAGAUUCAUGCUUUGCAUCUCCUGUGUUUUCUGUCAUCAGCUAUAUAAGAUGUAACCUUGCACCUGUUAACCAUUACAGAGGCAGAUUAGUCCUGGUAUUAGAGGAUCUCAAAGUGUUCAGUGUACUUGUUUUUGGCAUAUGCAAUGUGGGAGAUGAGUAAAGCCUGUGUGCAUGCAUUUAUUUCAUCUUCAUUCCCAGUAAGAUGAACCUUCUUGUGACAAGUUGUAGCAUGUUUUUAGUGAACCCUUGCACUGAUGUAGUUGUAAAUAGGCUGAGUUUGUUCUGUGGUUUAUCCAAAGUGACUAAUCGUUAAUAAGCAUGUUUUCCUUUAAGCAGUGAAUAUUUCUUCGCGUUUUAGGAGUGUUGUGAUGGCUUUAAUUGUCUCUAGCUGUCAACCUAAUGGUCUCUAUAGUUUUGGGACAUGUGAAACGCUCCACAGAAAGUCACGCUCAAGCAGAGAGAUGUCUGGAACUGGGAACACCGUUCCACUUCAUUGCAUGAAUCGUGCUGUGUCGGUGUUUUAUGUGUUAUUUGCAGCUGGCACAUACAUAAAACUUCCUUUUAUUGACUGAUUAGUAAUGUCUAUUGUGUAAAAAUAAGACUGGUUAAAACCUCUUUGUAGUGUUAUUAGAUAAUAGUUGAGUAUUAUGUUUCUCAUAAAGCUAUUACAUCCCUUAACUAAAAUAAAGUGAGAAAAGAA